CCGCCAUUUCUCUUCUUCGUUUCCUCUCCCACUUAAAAAAAAAGCUGAAAUUCCAAUUUCUUUAUACGAAGUCCUUUGACCGAGGAUGUGGAGAAGAUCCGCUUCUUUCGUCCUCGACAAGAGGCAACAAGUUGAAGCAUAUCCGCUUCACCAGCAAGUUCUACCCUCCAGCGACGACAUGGAGCCAAACACCCUCCAAACCCCCAACCCUAACCCUAACCCUAACCCUGAUCACGGAAUCUCUGCAUACUACCAGACGAGGGCAGAACACCACGCCGUCGUCACCAGUGACUGGCUCGCACAAGCCCAGGCCGCCGUCACACGAAACGUGGCGCAGCCUGAGGUUUCGCUUAAGCCAGCGGCUGCAGGAGGGAGCAGGCCUGCUGGCAGUGGGAAAACUUUCAGCGUCAUCGAUGAGUUCAAUUACUGGAGGAAGAAGCCUGACUUGGCCGAGGCCGUAGCGGCAAUCAUGGCCCUUGCGGCUUUCAUCCGUUCCAGCGAGGCUACAACCAUGAUGGAGCUCGAGAUCGAGCUCAAGAAAGCAUCUGAUAUGCUCAAGUCGUGGGAUACAACCUCUAUAUCUUUGUCAGCUGGCUGUGACUUAUUCAUGCGCUAUGUGACUAGAACUUCUGCUUUGGAGUAUGAAGAUUUCAAUGCUGCAAAACUUCGUUUGAUCGAACGCGGAGAAAAAUUUGGAGAAAUUUCUUUGAAGGCGCGUAGAACCAUUGCAAUGCUUGGUCAAGAUUUUGUUUUUGAUGGCUCUACAAUCCUUGUCCAUGGCUACUCAAGAGUUGUGCUGGAAGUACUGAAGUUGGCGGCAUCUAAUAGGAAGAUGUUCCGAGUUUUGUGUACAGAGGGAAGACCGGAUCGAACUGGUCUACGGUUCUCGAACGAACUUGCACAGUUAGGCAUUCCAGUUAAGAUUCUCAUUGACUCUGCUGUAGCAUAUGCCAUGGAUGAGGUUGACAUGGUUUUUGUUGGAGCUGACGGUGUGGUUGAAAGUGGAGGGAUCAUUAAUAUGAUGGGGACUUAUCAAAUUGCAUUAGUGGCUCAUUGUUUGAAUAAACCAGUUUAUGUGGCAGCUGAAAGUUACAAGUUUGCCCGGCUGUAUCCGUUGGACCAAAAAGAUUUAACUCCUGCCAUUCGACCAAUCGAAUUCGGAGUCCCAAUUCCAUCCGGCGUCGAAGUUGAAAGGAAUGCGAGGGAUUACACACCACCUCAGUUUCUAACACUUCUUUUCACUGAUCUUGGUGUUCUCACUCCAUCUGUUGUUAGUGAUGAGCUGAUUCAGUUAUACCUAUGAUGAGGUCUGCUCACCAUUGUUGUUACUGUGGCAACUGGGGAGUUGUUGCAGAUGCUUUCAUGGCUGUCCUUGGGACUAAUAUAGUGGCGUUUGAUUGAGUAUAUAUCCAGUUUAUGCUGUGGAGCUAUUUGAGAAGGUAUGCGAUGCGGUUAAUCAGUCAUCAAGCCAUUAGUAUUCAAGAAAAUUUUGCCAGUAUUCUUAUAUAAUACAAAUGAUAUUUUGGUUUGUAUUUUUUUCAUUUUUUUUUUUGUGCUUUUAUAUCCAGAACAAGUUUAUUUAGAAACAUUUGUAACAAUUGACGUGCUUAAAUG